UGACUCCUCGAAGAGAUCCUUGGGCGUAAUCAGGCCAGAGCAAUCGAAAGCCGGGUGUUAAAAAUAGAACGAGACACUCAAAACUUUUGUAAAGUAUUGUAUCGCUCUGCUCUCGAGAUCAAAAGUCUUGGAAGGCUUGGAAGAUAAUUUCCAGAGUGUACAAGUAUGUGACCCGCGUCUUCACAACUUGGAGUCGGGUUCAGCCUUGCCGGAGAAAAAAAGUUUACUAGAGACAUGAGCACCGAGCCACGGGCCCUCGGCGUGUAAAAGGCUCUCGCCAUGGCGACGCAGUUUAGUAUCGACGAUGCCUUUGCAUUGGAGGGAGAAGACGAGGGAGCCGCGUCUGAUGGAGAGACAGAGGGAUGGAAGGGCAGAGACACCGACAGAGAAGGAGGAGGAGAGAUGACAUUCGGUCCUCUCUCUUUCUCCAAACCUCAGACUCAUCCCUCGCCUGCUGCUGCCGGCUCCCCUGAACACAGUAACCUAAAAUAUCAGAAUCUGGAAAAUGAAGGUGGCUUGGGCAGCAAUGGCAAUUCUUCCUUCAAUAACUUCUUUAAAAUCAGCGACCCUGCCACUCUGUCUUACUGCAGCUCCCAGUGGUCCUUCAGCACCUUGAGUUCAGUCACACAGCUGUCUGCACACUGCUGCGGGUGGGUGUCCCAUCCGCUGGUGAAGAAAAACAGAAGAGUUGUUCUUGCUUCAUUCCUUCUCCUCAUCACUGGAGUUGCUCUUAUUUUCACGGGUGUCGUCAUACAGCUGAAUCCAAAUGCAGGUGUUUCAAGUGCCAUUUUCUUUGUACCUGGAUUUCUUCUCUUUAUCCCUGGAGUGUACCAUGUGAUAUACAUCAGCUGUGCUGUCCGUGGAAGGAGAGGCUUCAAAUUGUUCUACCUACCCUAUUUUGAAAAAUGACAUUUCAUGAGACACCACAUUUUCACCACAUUUAUUUGUUUGCUAUCUUAAAACUAAUUGUAUUUUGUCACUUUUAACAAAACAUGUAUUGUCACAUGGUUGUUUUUUCUUGUCAUUGUAAUGACCACUAAUAAUUUAACCACUCAGUGCCUCGACUAUGUUUCCGCGACAUGAACUGAUAUUGCUGUAUGUGUACACGAAAAAGAAGGAGAUUGGUCUUGCCUGUGUUUUCUAUGUUGUGUGAAUAAUGACUGUGAAAUUACAAUAAAAAAUUUUUAUAUUUUA